AUGAAUUAUUUAACAUUUUUUAAUUCCUUUGCAUUAAUUAUAGCUUUAUGUAAUCAUACAGCAAAAUGUUUAAGAAAAAAAGAAAUCUUAAAUGGUAAUUUAAAAAUUUUAAUUGGGAAUUUAAAUGAAACUAUAACAUUAAACUGUGAUAGUUAUAAAAGCAUUCAUAUUUUAGAUGCUAGUUAUGGAAAUCCAUCUGUUGAUAAAUUUUUGAUCAAAAAAGAUUCAUUAGAUGCACCCCAUACGCUGCCGGUUGUUCAAAUGAUCUGUGAAGGAAGAACAAAUUGCGAUAUAAAUAUAAAUAACGAAACAUUCAAAAUAUUAUCUUUGAUAAAAGAUUUUCAUAAACUUAUUGUCAAAUAUUCUUGUGUAUCUAUUAAAUUAAAAACCUUUCCUUUAUACAAAAUAAAAUCCAAAAGAGGAAAUAAUUAUACAUGGAACGUUGAGUUUGAAGCAAGUGAAAUAUCAAAUAAAGGAUUAUAUCUUCAUGUUAAUGAUGUAAACGCGACUUGUGAAGCCCCUUUGCUUAAAAAAAAAUAUGUAGAUGUAAAUGAAGCAGAACAGGAAUGUAAUAACUUAAAUAAUUGUGUAUUUGUAAUUUUUAAUAAUGAUGGAUAUACAUUAUGCGAAUCAUCUUUUUAUAAAAAUACUAUAAUUCAAAAAAACUCCAAGAUUUAUAUUAAGAUGUCUUACAUUAAUGGAAACAUACCUAGGAAUUUUGAAGUGUCUCCUAAUAUACAAGGAGUUUGUGAAACUAAUGAAAUUAUAUAUGAAAUGGAUACGGCUUUGAAUUUAGAUGAUAUUUAUAAAAAAUGUAAAGAAAUUGAAUGUGAUUAUUUUACGAUGUCUACUGCUAAUGGUGUAAAAGGAGCGUCCAAAAACUUCCGCAAUUAUGCUUGGUUUUGUAAAGGAUUUCCUAAAUAUGUUUCUCAUGAAGGAUUUAUUUUUGGAAAAAAUAAUAAAAAUUUAAGAGAUCCUAUGCAAAGAAUAUUAUUCAAAGGAUAUGAGGGACCUUUACGAUGA